CCACCAACCCAAAUCUUAUUAGUAAUUUAUAUACCUUCGAAAAAAAUUAUUAUCGUCUCUAUAAAAGAAAACUUUGGCACAAAAAUUAGUCAUGACUUAAUCCUUUAUCCGAAUCAAGCCACUUAACGAGUAAUUUUUGUGCAAAAAUCCUAGCCCCAAUGUUUGCCAGGCUAUAGCCAUCAUAAUCCGUACCUUACUUUUAUUACUCCCUUCGUCCCAUAAUUUCAAUUCAAAAACUCCACUCUUCUUUAACCUUCCUAUAGUUGCUUAAACCCUGAAACAGUGACAAUCAACAGAAAUGUCCAAACCAUGCGCUCGCCUCCAUAGCCUGUUCACCAAAAAUGCAGCGAACACCAUUAAACCCAAGUUACCAAAACCAACAAAAAUACCAGAAUUCAAAACCCUAAUUACCCCAAAUGAACAGCCAUUGAUUGCCUUAGCUAAUAAUCAAGUAAUUAAUAAUGGUGUUAGAGAGCUUUUAGAUGAGAGAAACACUCAAAAACUAGUUGAAAAAUUCAAGUAUUUGUCUCCAAAUAAGUAUUUCAGGCAAAAGUAUAAAAUUUAUGCUUAUAUAAUUCAUCGACUUGUUCUUGCUAAUCAGAUUUCUUUAGUUGAAGAUACGCUUGAAUCCCAGAAAGAUUACAUUAAUGGGGAAGGAUUUGCUGCUCGGAUUAUGUAUUUGUAUGGGAAAGCUGGGUUGUUUGAUCGUGCACGCAAGCUGUUCGACGAAUUGCCUCAACGAGGUUUACAAUAGAAUGCCAAAACUUUUAAUGCCCUUUUAGUGGCUGCUUAUCAUUGUGAGGAUUUCAAUAAGGUUUAUGAGCUGUUUCGUGAGCUUCCGUCGAAGUUGUCAAUUAAACGGUCGACUGGGUGUUAUAAUACGGCUGCUCAGGCGCUGUGUGAACUCGGGUUGAUUGAUGAGGCGGUGUCGUUGCUCGAUGAGAUGGAGGACAAUGGGGUGAAACCGUGUGUGAUUAAGUACAAUACGCUGCUUGGUGUGAUAUAUGAGAAGGGGGAGUUUGAUGAGGGUGAGAAACAGUGGGAAAGGAUGAUUAAAAGUGGGGUGGUUCCUAGUGUAAUCAGCUAUGAUUUCAAGCUGCAUAGACUUGUCAAAGAUGGAAAGAUUUCCGAAGCAAGGGAGCUGUUCUUGAAGUUGGAAGCUAGUGGAUUAAAACCCAAUGCGGGUUCUUACAAUGCUUUGAUUCUAGGAGCGUGUAAGAACGAUGAUCUAGAUGAGGUACGACGAUGGUAUAAUGAGCUCUUGAACGAUGGUUGUGCUCCGAACAAGGCUACUUUCAACACCAUUGUUCCGUUUUUGUGUGAUAAGGGUGAUUAUGGGUUGGUAUUUCGGGUGUGCAAGAGGAUGUUUAAGCGUCAGUGCACGGUUGAUGAGUCUUUGUUGCAGAAGGCGGUUGAUGCAUUGGCAAAGAACUCGAUGAUGAAGGAAGCUGAGAUCCUUGUGGGACUAGGAAAGUCUAACAGUUAUCAUCCUUAUAAUCUUGUAUUGCCUGAUUUGCCUCCUACUGGUAUUAUGGGCUAUUUCAAAUCAAGCUUGGAGACUAACUGACUAAAUUCAUAGGUUAACUGUUUUAGCUUAUGUAAGGUUCUUUUGUUGGCAUUAGUUGUAAGUUUUAGACCUGGGUUAUGAAUCUCUUUUGUGUCAUUGCCUCUUUGUGAUUUCUUAGGAUCAAAACUAACUAAUAGCGGAACAAUUUGCCUUGUUAAUUUAGUAAAGCUUGUCACA